AUGAUCGAAAACAGUAUGUUUGAAGAAGAGCCCGAUGUGGUUGACUUGGCAAAAGAGCCUUGUUUACAUCCCCUGGAGCCUGAUGAAGUGGAAUACGAACCAAGGAGCUCCCGGCUCUUGGUGCGUGGCCUUGGAGAGCAUGAAAUGGAUGAUGAUGAAGAGGAUUAUGAGUCAUCAGCAAAAUUGCUGGGGAUGUCCUUCAUGAACAGAAGUUCGGGUCUCCGGAAUAACAUGUCUAUCUAUAGACAAAAUCCAAAUGGAUCAUGUUCAGUGCCCUCUACGAGGACCAUGGUGGUUUGCACAGUUGUACUUGUGAUUGCAGUUUCAUUAAUAAUGGUGAUUUACCUUCUUCCCAAAUGUACCUUUACCAAAGAAGGCUGCCAUAAAAAAAAUCAUACAAUGGAAAUAAUAUACCCUUUGGCAACCAAUGGAAAAAUAUUUCCAUGGGCAAAAAUUAGACUUCCUCCUGAUGUUGUACCACUGCAUUAUGAUCUUGUCUUGCAGCCAAACCUAACUACUCUGAAAUUUGCAGGCUCUGUAAAGAUAGUGGUUAACAUCAUCCAGGUAACUUGGAAGAUCAUACUUCACAGCUCAGGACUUAAUAUCACCAAGGCAACGAUUACUUCGGCAGGAGGGCAUCAAGCAAAACCAGUUGAAUUCCUGGAAUAUCCAUUGCAUGACCAGAUUGCAGUUAUGGCUCCUGAGGCUCUCCUUGUAGGACAGAAUUAUACUGUCAACAUAGAAUAUUCAUCUAAUUUAUCAGAUACCUAUUAUGGCUUUUACAAAAUUUCUUACAAGGAUGAGAAUUCUAAGCAAAGGUGGUUUGCAGCAACUCAAUUUGAACCUCUGGCAGCAAGGUCUGCUUUUCCAUGCUUUGACGAACCAGCAUUUAAAGCUACUUUUUUAAUCAAGAUCAAAAGAGAUGAGAAACUUUGCACUCUGUCAAAUAUGCCAAAGAAAGCCACUACUCCUGUGACAAAUGGAAUUGUUCAAGAUGAGUUUUCUGUGAGUUUGAAGAUGAGUACCUACCUAGUAGCCUUUGUUGUUGCAGACUUGAAAAACAUCAGUAAGGAAACUAAUGGGAGUCUGGUAUCUGUCUAUGCCAUACCACAGCAUCUAAACCAAGUUGGGUAUGCCCUAAACACAGCAGUGAAACUUCUGGAAUUUUAUCAAAAAUACUUUUUAAUAAACUACCCUCUUGAAAAAUUAGAUCUGGUAGCAAUUCCUGAUUUUCAGUCCGGUGCAAUGGAAAACUGGGGCUUGAUCACUUUCCGAGAAACAACACUCUUGUUUGACAGUAAUACUUCUUCAGCAAGGGACAAAAAGUUAAUAACUGCAUUGAUAGCACAUGAGCUUGCCCAUCAGUGGUUUGGCAAUCUAGUAACUAUGGAAUGGUGGAAUGAUCUCUGGCUGAAUGAGGGAUUUGCCACUUUCAUGGAGUACUUUGCCAUGGAAGAGAUUUUUCCAGAAUUACAUUCAGAUGAAGAUUUUCUUAAUUUGAUUUUCAAGGCUAUGAUGAAGGAUUCCUUGAAUUCUUCACGUCCAGUCUCUUCUGCUGUUCAGUCUUCAGAGCAAAUUGAAGAAAUGUUUGAUGCACUUUCUUAUAUCAAGGGAGCUUCACUUCUUCUGAUGCUGAAGCACUACCUCACUAAGGAUGUUUUCCAAGCUGGCAUUGAGGUAUACUUGCAUAAUCACAACUAUGGAUCUGCCCAGAGUGAUGAUUUGUGGGACAGCAUGAAUGAGAUUACCAAUGGAACACUAGAUGUAAAAAAGUUGAUGAAAACUUGGAUUCUGCAUAAAGGAUUUCCUUUAGUCACUGUUGUCCGAAAGGGAAAGAUUAUUUCUGUGCAACAAGAGAAAUUUUUGUAUCGUGCGGAGCCAGAAAAUUGGACAACAGAUGCAAGUUAUCUGUGGCAUAUUCCUCUCACCUACAUAACUAGUAGCUGCAACUUUACCCAUUGUACUAAUGCAUAUUUACUGGACCAAAAGUCAGCUGUCAUUGAACUUCCAGAAGAGGUGGAAUGGGUAAAGUUCAAUGUGGGUAUGAAUGGUUAUUACAUAGUGCACUAUGCUGAAGACUGGAAAACGCUGAUUGAUCUGUUGAAAAAAAACCACGCUGCUCUGAGUCCUAAAGACAGAGCCAAUUUGAUCAACAAUAUCUUCAACCUUGCAAGUCUAGGAAAAGAGUCUCUGGAAAAGGCCUUUGAGCUGAUCGAUUACCUUAACAAAGAGAGCAGCACUGCACCACUCACUCAAGCUUUGUUUCAGCUGAGUCUUAUAUACAGCCUUUUAGAGAAAAAAGGUGAACAACAACUGGCAGCACGAGUCAUGCAUAGAAUAGAACACCUGCUUGGAGAUAAAAUUGAUCAACAGCGUUGGACAGAUGAUGGGACCCUGUCUGAACGAGAGCUUCGGUCAACGCUGCUAGCUUUUGCCUGCACCCAUGAUAUGAGAAACUGUAGAAGAACUGCCACUGAGAUGUUUGAGAAGUGGAUGUACUCUAAUGGAACAAUGAGUCUGCCCAGUGAUGUUAUGAAAGCCAUAUUUACAGCUGGAGCCAAAUCUAGUGAGGGCUGGGAAUUCCUCCUAAAGAUGUACUCCUCUUCAGUUUCUGAAGCAGAGAAGAGCAAAAUGAUUGAGGACUUGGCCAGCACAGAAGAUGUCAGAAAGCUGAUCUGGUUAAUGAAGAACAGCCUUGAAGGAGAAGUCAUCAGGGCACAGGAGCUUUCACAUAUCAUAGCAACUGUUAGCCAGAGUUUGCCUGGGUAUUUGCUGGCCUGGGACUUUGUCAAAGAGAACUGGGAAAAGCUUACACGCAAAUUUCACCUAGGCUCAUAUACUAUCCAGAAUAUCAUUAGUUCAUCAACUUCUCAGUUUGCAACAAAGGCACAUCUGCUUGAGGUGAAGUCAUUUUUUGAGUCAAAAUCAGAAGAGAGUUCUCAACUGCGUUGUGUAAAAGAGGCAAUUGACACAAUUCAGCUCAAUAUCCAGUGGAUGGAAAAGAACUUAGCAAAGCUACAAGAACUGCUGUAGUGCCCAUAAUGCUCUGGUGUGUCAGCCAUUUAGGAGCUCUGUGGGCAGUGGCUGUGUUUCUUUUGCAAAAGCCAGGGUGAAACCAGGCAUCACUGCAACGUUGAUUGCACUAUUAAGGAGUCUAGAUAGCUCAGGGCAUGUCUCAGAUAAAUUUUUAUUUUCCUUGGAGCAUUUAUGAGCAAGAUGUAAGUAUUUAUUCUGAAACUGUUUUCAUCUAUAGACCAAACAUCUGCACAAAUGAUUAAAUAUCAUUUUAUAUUUGAAAUAUAUGCCCUUUCAUUUGGAGUUGUGUUGUAGUUUCUUAGCAGUG